ACCGCGCAUCCCGCAUCCCACACCCCGCAUCCCGCAGCAUGGAGCGCCGCGUGGCCCGCGAGUUCCGGCACAAGGUCAAUCUAUUAAUUGACAAUGAAGCAGAGAAGGAUUACCUUUACGAUGUGCUGCGGAUGUACCACCAGUCUAUGAAUCUCCCAGUGCUGGUGGGGGACCUGAAGCUCGUGAUUAAUGAACCAAGCAGGUUGCCUCUGUUCGAUGCUAUCCGCCCACUCAUCCCACUAAAACACCAGGUGGAAUAUGAUCAGCUUACACCCAAACGAUCACGAAAGCUGAAGGAGGUGAGAUUGGAUCGCUUGAAUCCUGAAGGGCUUGGAUUAAGUGUAAGAGGUGGAGUGGAGUUCAGCUGCGGUCUCUUCAUCUCCCAGUUAGUUAAAGGAGGACAGGCAGACAAUGCUGGACUUCAGGUUGGAGAUGAAAUUGUGCGCAUAAAUGGAUAUUCCAUUUCAUCUUGCACACACGAAGAAGUCAUAAACCUCAUUCGUACAAAGAAAAUCGUGUCCAUAAAAGUUAGACACAUUGGCAUGAUACCUGUCAAAAGUUCACCAGAUGAACCCCUUAAAUGGCAAUAUGUGGAUCAGUUUGUGUCAGAGUCUGGGGAAGGAAAGGGCAGUGUUGCUGGACUUGCUUCUUCUGGAGGGAGAGACAAUAAAGAGAAGAAAGUCUUCAUUAGCUUGAUUGGUACAAAAGGCAUGGGAUGCAGUAUUUCCAGUGGUCCAACACAAAAACCAGGCAUUUUUAUCAGCAAUGUUAAGCCAGGCUCUCUUUCAGCAGAGGUGGGCUUAGAGGUUGGUGAUCAGAUUGUUGAGGUGAAUGGAGUGGACUUUUCUAAUGUGGAUCAUAAAGAGGCUGUGAGAGUGCUCAAGAGUAGCCGUACUUUGACUAUCUCUGUGGUAGCAGGCGCCGGCAAGGAGCUGUUCAUGACUGAGGAAGAAAGGCAGAGAGAAGCACGUCUCCGUGAGCAGGAACGUCAGGAGUUAAUGCAUCAGAAGAGGCUUGCACUGGAGACCAACAAAAUCAUCAAAGAGCAGCAAGAGAAAGAGAGAAUAAGAAAGCUGGAGAUUUCCCAGAAGGCUGCAGAAGAAGAAGAGAGAUAUCGCAGAGAAAUAGAGCAGAUAACAGCAGAGGAAGAGAAAUUUAAAAAGGAGUGGGAAGAAGACUGGGGUCCUAAGGAACCACCCAAGGCUCUAAAAACUGUAACUGCAGAAGUGCACUCUGCCCCUCGUUCCAAACACAAAAAAGAUUUAAAGGGAGUUGCACAUGACCAACUUGAAACAGAUGACAUGGAUGAAGUGAACAUGAAGCAGGACAAACAGGGCUUCCAGAAGUAUGUGGAAGAUUUUGAUCCAUAUUCAAUGUUUACCCCAGACCAGAUUAUAGGAAAAGAUGUACGGCUGUUACGAAUAAAAAAGGAAGGAUCACUGGACCUUGCAGUUGAGGGAGGAAUUGAUUCUCCAAUUGGAAAGAUAGUUGUGUCUGCCAUCUAUGAGGAUGGUGCUGCAGACAAACAUGGAGGCAUAGUGAAAGGGGAUGAAAUACUGGCUGUAAACGGCAAGAUAUUAAUGGACAGCAAGCUGGCAGAAGCACAGGCAACUCUAGCAAAAGCUUGGAACAUGGGUGGGGAUUGGAUUGACUUAGUCAUUGCAGCAUCACCUCCAAAAGAAUAUGAUGAUGAAAUCCCUACCAUUCCCUCAUCAGCAGUCAGUCCCAACACACACAGAAAGGUUUUUGAAGGCAGUGCACCUGUGUACAGACAAGGGUAUCUCCUGCAGCUGUAGCCACUGCAGUGUCCCUCAUGGUGAAUAGCACAUCUGGCUUAACAUGACUGGCCAUUGUGAGGCUGUGUUAUUUUUUCAGCAUGAGCCUGCCUGUGCAUUGCUUGCCAUCCUUGCUUUUGUUCCCGGCAUGCUGGAGCUGGAGUGUUCUUUGGGCUUUUGCCAUGCCUGUGCUAUUAAAAUAUGAGUAUUUAGUUUCUACUUCAUAAAGUCUCUCAGAGAUCCUCUGCAGAAUUGGUUUAUCACCUGCCAGACUUUUAAAUAAAUAGGCCCUGUCUAAACAAGUAGGAUUAACCUGAGGUUUUUUCCUUAUCUGUGGACCACUGCUGUGGCUUUGUGAGUUCAUAAGUAUAUAAGCAACAACAAAUUAUUUUCUUGUGAAGGCUUGUCCAAAGAACAAGUUUCCAUUUGGAUUAUUCACAGUGUGCCUGUAAACAAGUAUUCAUGAGUGUUUGGCUUUCACUGAAGUUUGUCUCUGUUAAUUUGUCAUGUACCUAUACUGUGGGUUUGUUCUGAAAUUAUCCUUGUCUCAGAAAUUCAAUUUACUCUGUAUGGUUUCUCUGUGGCUGUAAUCACUGUAAGUACAGACACAGAUCUCUAGAACCACCAAGGUAAGACUUCUCAUUGCAUGUGGGUCUUCUCAAUUAUUACUUAUAACAAAUCAAAACUACUUAAGAUCCAGUUUAAAAACAGUGCUUACUAGAAAGAUUAAAAAUUGCACAAGAGCUAACAGCAUGUCCCUCACUAUCUUUUUCUUUUCUCCCACAGAACUUUUUUUUAAGGAAGACUACAACUAUUGAAAUGGAAUUUCUCUUCAGCAGAAACCUGCUACUCAGUAAAUUAAUAGGAAAUUGUUAACCACAUGAAAUGCAUCUUUAUUGACCCACCUGUAAAUUGAACUAGAGACAUCAGAUUCUUCAGAUAAUUUGAAUAAUUUAUUAUCAUUCUAUAGACAUACAGCAAAACUUUUUUUGCAUGAUUGAAAAGAACUGCUGACCAUCAUAAUUCAGUCUGUGAAUGCGUGAUGUCUUUUUGCUGUCUUGAGGGGCCAAAUUCUGCAAAUCAUCUCUCAUCUUUCCUGGAAAUAGACUCUAAAAUGACAAAUGAAGAUAGAACACAGAUGUCUGUUCCCACAUGCAACACUUUUGAAUACACAUUCACAGGCCAGUUUGGGUGUGAAAGGAAUUAUAUUUUUACCUCCUAGAUAGUGAUUUUCCUGGGAAAACAGGAAAGUACACAGGUAACUUCUGUUCUCAUAUUCUUGUAACUCUCUUAAUGUCCAUUUUUGUGUCUCAGUUGUGAGGUUUUUAUGAGCAUAAAAAAACCCUGCUAGUGGAAGAACUGGGAAUACCAGGAAUGCAAGCAUUAUAAGGAACAAUUUUGAUUGUGUUGCUCAUAUAGUAUAGAGAAUCUUCUGUACCAACAGAGUAAAUAACUAGCAAGUAGCUCAGAUAAAAUCAUUAUGCAUAGUCACAUUCAUACUCCUGAGUAUUUGUAUUGGUGGCAAAAAUUCCUCCUUCAUGUAGUCAUGGGUGGAAAAUUUGGGUGUGAUUCACAGUCUGUUGUUUUGUACUUUGUUCUCAGUGAGCCUAUAUAUGUGACUAAACUCUGCAGGAAGCCACCAAGUGUAAGUUUCUGCUCUUAGUGACUCUGUGCCUUAGGUGUGAGUAAAUUCCUCAAGACCAUAAAAUCAAUACCAGCUCGGCUUUAAGUAUUGUUGCAAACUUAGUAAUUAUAUUAUAGAGAUACCUCCUUAGAAAUGUCGGUGUCUUCUUCCUUUAUCGUACCUGCCAGUUUGUGCUCUGUUUUUCAUGUUGCCUUUAGAUUUUUCUCUCUAUUGAGAGGCAGUUUAUUGGCAUAUCAAGUUCCCACUGAAGUCUUGCCGUAUCAGGGUUUGGAAGCCCUCCUCUUCUCCAGUACAUAAAAUUAAUAAUUACAUUCCUGAGAACUCUGUACUUAUAUGCAGAUGCUUACAUACGUUAACAUUCCUUAUUUGUAGCAUUCUUCCAGUAUGCCAAUUAAUGUGUGUGGCAGGGCAUAUAUGUUAGAAUAUUUUAAAUGUUGAACUCUUGCAACU